AUGCUGGUAAAGCUCCAGCCUUUGACAUUUUCCAAGAGAAUCCCUUUCUGGGUCUGCUCAGGUGCAUGCAUUUCUUCAGCUUCAUGUGCUAAAACCGUUGAAUGUUUCCCGGGAAACAAUCAAGACCCACCAAAUUCAUCCGACUUUGAACAAAAUAUCCAGUCUUUGAGGAAUAAGCUUGUUCCUGAUAACUUAAUACGGGUUUUAGAUAACACUGAUGAUUUGGGCUCAGCAGUGAAGGUAUUCAAAUGGGCUUCCCUCCAAAGACGGUUUAACCACACCGCAGAUACAUAUUAUCGGAUCAUUUUGAAACUGGGUUUAGCUGGAAAGGUUGAGGAAAUGGAAGGGUUUUGUCAAAAUAUGGUGAAAGAUAAAUGCCCAGGUGUUGAAGAGGCUCUUUUGGCAUUGGUUGAUAUGUUUGUUAAACAUUGUAGGCAAAGUGAGGCAAUAAGGGUACUUGUGAAUAUGAAGGCGGGUGGCUAUAGGCCCUCAAUUGAGACAUUUAAUGCUGUAUUGGGCGCUCUUGUGGAGGAUAAGAGAGAUUUUGAAGAUGUCUUGUUUGUCUAUAAGGAGAUGGUGACGGCAGGGAUCUUACCAACUAUUGAAACUUUGAAUUAUUUGUUAGAGGCAUUGUUGGAGACCGACCGCAUUGAGUCUGCUUUGGGUCAGUAUAAGAGAAUGAAGAAGAAAGGGUGUAGCCCUAAUGGUAGGACCUUUGAGAUACUCAUAAAGGCUCUUAUUGCAAAAGGUAGAGUGGAUGAAGCUGUUAUUGUUUUAAGUGAAAUGCUUGAACUUGGUUGUCAGCCUGAUUUGAGUUUUUAUUCCACCCUAAUACCUUUGUUUUGUCAGAAUAAUAGACCCGAGGAGGGAAUCAGAUUGUUCGAAAUGAUGAGAGCUUCCAAUUUUAUGCCGGAUUCAUUGAUUUGUGGGGUUCUGUUACAGUGUUUAUGCAAGAACCUUUGUUUAAAUGAUGCGAUAAAGGUUCUAGAAGAUAUGAUGGAAACUGGAUUGACACCAGCUAAUGAUGUGUUUGCGGAUGUAGUAAAUGUGUUCUGUAAAUUAGGGAAGAUAGAUGAUGCUAUGAAGUUCUUGGAAGACAAGCAUAUCCUAGAAACUUCUGCCUGCAAUGUAUUGCUUGAAGGUUGCUGCAGUGCUGGUAAAUUUCUUAUGGCAAAAGACCUACUUGUGCAAAUGUCUGAAAGUGAUGUAGCUGAUUGUAAUUCGUGGAAUAUCCUUAUCAGAUGGCUUUGCGAGAAUUCCACGAUUAGGGUAGCGUUUGAAAUUCUAGGUAGAAUGGUGGUGUCUUCUUCUCUUCCUGACUGUGCCACAUACUCAGCAUUAGUUAUUGGAAACUGCAAAAUGAGCAACUACACAAAUGCUCUGGAUUCAUUUCAUCACAUCCGUGCCAAAAGCUGGGUUUUGGAUCCUACAUCUUACUCUGAGCUUGUCAAAGGCCUUUGCCUAGUGGAAAUGACUCAUGAGGCCACUGAAGUGUUCUGUUACAUGUCUAGUAAUAGGUGCUCUAUCCAGUCUUCCUCGUUCAAUAUGUUGAUCAAGGGUGUAUGUGAGACAGGAAAGGUUGAUGAAGCAAUAAGGCUACAAAAAUUGGCCUAUUAUUCUGGUACUUCUUCUACCAGUUCAACUUACUCAGCUAUUAUGCUUGGAUUGUCAAAAUUAGACAAGGCAAAAGAUCUGCUAGUAGUUCUCUCAAAAAUGUUGGUGGAGGGUUGCAAUCUUGAUCUGGAUGCAUAUUGCAUACUCAUACAAAGCAUGAGUCUGCAGAAUCGAGUAAAAGAAUGCAUAUUGCUUUUCCGUAUGAUGGUCAACAAGGGUCUUAUACCUGAUUCAGAGAGGCUAUUUAAUCUACUGUCUUGUAUAGCCAACCUUUCUCAGCUGCACGUGAUUUCAGAUUCAAUUGAUAAGCUUGCUUCUAGUAGCGAAGCUCUGAAUUCAGCAAUUUAUAAUGUACUGAUUAACGGCCUCUGGAAAGAGGGUUAUAAACGUGAGGCCUGUCGAUUGUUGGAUAUAAUGUUGGAAAAGGGUUGGGUCCCAGAUGCUAAGACUCAUGGAUUGGUUAUUGGUUCUGCUGUUAGCGAAGAAGUAGAUUGGAACGUGUUGGACUAUGAUAAUUGUACUGUCCAAGAUACUGUUAGCAACAUCCUUGCAGAGGGAUUAGAUGUGACAUGA